CUUCAAGAAACUCAUAUAAACACGUGAGAGAAGAUGACAAGAUCUAGAUCAAGAUCACCACGAUGGAAACCAAGGUCCUUAUCUCCAGCAUUUAGGAGUCCAGAGCACCAUAGGCAAAGGCAUGCUCAUAUAAAUUAUGACUGUGAAUAUAAAAGCUUUCGUAAGGACCCAAAGAAACCUAUGCCUUGGAGAACAGAAGAUGAAAAAUACGGACAAAGCAAUUCCAGGUUUGCACCUUAUGGAAAUAACCACCAGAGAAUAUAUGAACGUAGAUCACCUUCACCAAACCUGAAAAGAAUUCCCAUGGAAGAUACUUACAGUCAUAAGCCCUACAGAACACAUUCAUCUGAAAGAACUGAAAGCAAUAGGAGAUGCCAGUUACCACCAAAAUACUCGGAAAUACCAUAUAAUGAGCAUGAUCGUCCCUUUUACCAACACAAGAUGGAAGACAGAUACAUGUUUGAGCACUACAAAGUCACUGGAAAUGAAAAAGGAAUGAAACCUUUUCCUAGACCAUUAGGGGCUUCAUGUCAACUUGAAAGAAAAUGGCAUGAAGAUGACUUGAGGCACCAGAGGUUACAUGAAGAGAAGUAUGGUCAGUCACCCAGAAGAGUUUCUGAUGAAUUUACGGCAAGGAGCUCUUUACAGAAGAGGUAUCCUGAAGAUCACGAUUACAGAGAAUAUGGGCACACGUCUAAAAGGGCUAAAGAAAUGGAGAGGUAUGACGGUGGAGAAGUAGCAAGAAAUUCCAAGUGGAAGCAAGAACGUUCUUUUCCACCCUACGAAGAAAAGGAGGAGCAAAGAAAUCUGGGUGCCCAGCCCCACCGAUCGGCUGAAAGGGAGUACUCGGAGGGUUCUGUCACAAAGAUAGCCUACGAGUACAGUCACAAACGGCGCAGGCAUCCAGAUGGGGAAAAGCUUUUUUCAGAUGAUAGAGCUCAGAAAUACGUGAAGCAGGAAGACCAGAAAUACGGUUCUUCUAAGGGUGCCCGGAAUAGCAAAGAGUUAGAUUACUUUAGCAGUGGAAGAGCGAGACGGACUGAAGAAGGGCACUUCGAAGUACCUGUUAAAUAUAGUUCAAAGAAGGGCUGCGAUGCUUGUGUUAACUCUUCCAAAAUGGAUGUCGAUCUGAGAUCUUUUAAAAACAAACCGAAGGAAAGAGUAAGGAAAGAAGGGGAAUUCAGGAAAAAAGUAGAUUCCUCCGAUAGCCAGCAUGAUUCAAGUCAUACUGUUUCAGAUGUGAAAAUGUCAGAUGUCAACUGUAGGAGGGAACAUCUCACAAUCAAAGUGGAUAUGAAGAAAAUGGUGACCAAGUACAGGACUGCCUCUAGUCAUACUACAGAGAGACAGAUGUCACGUGAUCUGGUUGCUGUUGGCAGGAAAAAUGAAAAUUUUCAUCCGGUGUUUGAGCACAUGGAAUCUGUAACACAAAAUGUUGAAAACGACCCAUCAAGAGAAUUUACUCAGGAAAUAAUCACAAUUAUCCAUCAAGUUAAAGCAAAUUAUUUUACAUCUUCUGACAUAACUCUACAUGAACGGUUCUCAAAAAUUCAGAAUAAACCAAUUGCAAAUAUGAAUGAAGUUAAAAUACGUUUGGAUCCAGAAAUUCACAGGAGGAUUGACAUGUCUCUAGCAGAACUUCAGAACAAACGAACUGUGCCAUCUGAAUCUCCCCAGAACAUUAUGAGAGUGUUAGAAGAUCCAAAUGAUCUACGGCAUGAUAUAGAAAGGAGAAGAAAAGAGAGGUUGAAGAAUGAAGAUGAGAGAGUGUUUCAUGUAGACGGUGUAACUCCAAGGAACCAGCAAAGCUGCAGUCUUUCAAAAUUACAAAACUCUCAACUUGAUGGCUUCCAAAAGCCUAUGAGGUUCAUUAAGCCACCCUUCCGGAAAUUUAUUGGGAAACCUCACCUGAAUUCUUACUAUUCUUCAAAACCAAGUGAUACUUACCCUCACAGACGCAUUAGAGGACACCUUGAAAAUGCAGGACCCAUCAGAAGACACUUUAAGAGCAACUUUGCAGAUGGCCGUUUGCAAUCCCAUUAUAAAUCAGGCUUAGUACAGAAGGGUUUAUAUAUUCAGGCUAAGUACCAGCGGUUACGUUCUGUUGGCAUAAGGGGAUUUACCACUAAUAAAUUCAGAGAUGGAUUUUUGAGGAAAGAAAAGGGAAAUUUAAAUAUUGCAACAGAAACCUGAAUUAAGCUGUGAUUCUGAAGUUGAAAUGGAUAACACAGUGAAGGGAGCAUCUGUUCAUUUUUUGACAACUUUGUCAAGACUUAAAAUAGAAUAAAGGAACUAACCCUGUAACUUGAUUAAGAAUAACUUUAUUUUUCAGUAGUGGAACGCUACAGAACUUUUUUACAGUUUUAAUAAUUGCUUUUAAAGUACAGUAUUCAAUUGAAACAUUGUAGUAUGUACCUUUAGUUCCUUUUGCAUACCAGUCUCAAGUAAAGAAGUCAUCGAAGGGAGUCUUAUUUAUUGAAUACUUUUUCCUCUAAGCAUGAUGUUACAGAUGGAACUUGAGUUGUUAUACCCAGAGGUUUGUAUGUUGAAAGUUUAUUGCUUAUGUAAUAAAAAAAAAGGAAAAAAAAAAAAGUGCCUGAAUUGUUUGGUAAUAGCACAUUAGCUCAGGAUUUUCCAAGUAAUGACCUUUUAGGUUGUGCAAUAGAUUUUACACCUCUGUUCAGUCAUUUCCGUAAAACAGUAUUUUGUAUUGCUUUAUUUUAGUUUAAUAAUAUACUUGAGUUUCUGAUGUGUAUAUACAUUUGUAAAUUGUUAGAAUGUUUGGACAACUUGCAGUAUUUGAUUAAAAUGAAUGGUAAGAGGCAGGUAUGUAAUGUACUGUAGCAGUAGCUUAUAACUGCACUGAAAGCAUGCUUGGGUUUGUUAGAGGAUUAGUUGCUCUGUAUUCAAAAUU